AUGGGACAAAAGUCUGUUAAAGGUGCAAUGAAUAAAAGAAGUUCUAUACAAAACGAAGAAACAUAUUUAAGGCCUCUUUCAGUAUUUGAAGCAUACCGAUUUAUUCAAGGUCGAAGAUUUCGUGUGACACCGAAUGCUGUACUUACCCUUCCAAGUGAUAGCGAAGAAGCUAUAAGAUUUAAUGGAUCCAUAAAACUUAAGAAAAAAUUAUUUGGUUCCAAUUAUUCUGCACCUGUUACGAAAUUAUUAACAUGUGGAAGUGCAAAAGUACUUGAAGUUGGAACGGGUGGUGGACAUUGGUUAAGUGAUAUGGCAUUAGAAUUUCCAAUGUCGGUUUUUUUAGGCUUGGAUCUCUCUACUAUAUGUAACCCGGAUUAUUUACCAGAAAAUAGCGCAUUCCUUGAGCACAAUUAUCAUGAUGGAAUUCCAUUCCCCGACGAUACAUUUGAUUUUAUAUUCCAACACGCUGUGUCUGCAAAAUUUCGCGAAAAUUUAUUCAACGCUCAUUUGAGUGAAAUGUCUCGCGUCCUUAAACCAGGAGGCUGGAUAGAGGUAUAUGGAUCUCCAACCCACAUUGUUGAUGCCGGACCUGCAACUGAAAGGUUUAUAUCAUCAGCACGUAAAUGUCUGCAAAUUAACGGCCUCAACCCUGAUAUUGUACGUACUAUUCCAGAAAAGUUAAAGCGUUUGAAUAUUAAAAAUGUUCAAGUGGCUGAGAUGCCACUUUCUCUUUCACGUCGUAAUAAAAUUUCAGAUGAUCAGAUAGAAGAGAACGAUCAAAAUCUUUUACUUAGAACUGUUGAAGCUUACAGGGUAAUAAUGAAGGUAGCGGUAGGAUGUACAGAUGAAGAUUAUGAUAAAUUAAAGAAAGAAGUUAGUAUAGAGAUAGAAACUAGAAAUAUGUAUAUAAUGAGCGUAAGAACUUUUGGGCAAAAGUAA